AGGAAAAAAAAAAACUUGGGUUCACUUGCGCGCAGAACAAUCUCGCUAUUGUAAUCUGAUCGUCCUGUAACUUUCUCUUGUGUUCUCGGGAAAAAAAGCAGUGAAGCAAAAAAUGGAGGGGAGUGUGUUCACGCCUUGUCUGGGAGCAAUAAAGCACGUCAAGACAGAACAGGGGGAGAUGCUGACCAAGCCCUUUCUGGAGCUCUGCAAGAUGAUAUUGCCUGUCAUUGAUAAGUUUGGGGCUGCUAUGGCUCUUGUGAAAUCUGAUAUCGGUGGUAACAUAACGAGAUUGGAGAACAGAUACCAAUCUGACCCUGACAAGUUCAAGUACCUGUACACCUUUGUACAAGUGGAAAUUGAGACCAAGACGGCCAAAGGAUCGUCUAGUUGCACCAAUGGUCUUCUGUGGCUGACAAGAGCGAUGGAUUUCUUAGUGGAGCUGUUCCGGAACUUGCUUGCACAUCCAGACUGGACAAUGUCACAAGUUUGCGGUGAUUCAUACCAAAAGACACUCAAGAAAUGGCACGGAUGGCUCGCCAGCUCAAGCUUCUCGGUGGCAUUGAAGCUUGCACCAGAGAGGAAGAAGUUCAUGGACGUGAUAUCUGGCACAGGAGACAUCAACUCCGACAUGGAGAAGUUCUGCUCUGAAUUCGGCCCCCUUCUUCAAGAGAACCAUAAGUUCCUGGCAAACGUCGGCAUGGAUGACAUGAAAGCUUCUUAAUUGAGCUUCAUUCUUGGCCAAUCAUCACAGCUUUUGGAACCUUCCACUGUCGGAAGAAGCAAAAUAAACACGUGUUUCUACUGCAUCCUCUGUUUCCCCAUCUGGUGAUUUAUUACCGUGAGCCAAAAGUAAGCUUAUAUUUUGUGUAAUUGCCUUUUUUUUUUUUUAGCUUCUUUACGUUUUUUUUUUGCGUAUAACAUUUUACUUUUAAUUGAGAAUCCUAUUUUUUUUUUUCUCAUACAAAAUUUGUAUAAGACACGGAUCAUGUAAGCAUGCAAAACAAGUAGCAAAUAUUAUCCGGCAUAA